AUGUCUGUCCGAUCGCAAAUGUUUCCCCCCUCUCCUACCUUUACCGAGGCUUCACUCCCCUCGCUCUCCUCCAGGGUAUACAUCAUCACAGGCGCGACAUCAGGUGUCGGUCUUGAGUUGGCCAAGAUCCUCUACUCGAGCUCCGCAACGGUCUAUAUCGCUGCACGAACCUCCUCUAGGAUUGCCUCUGCCAUUCAAACCAUCCAAUCAGAGUUUCCCGACUCCACAGGUCGCCUAGAGUCACUAUCCGUCGAUCUAUCCGACCUCAGAACUAUCGCUCCCGCGGCAUCAGAGUUUCUAGGCAAAGAGUUUAGACUUGAUGGUUUGGUACUCAACGCCGGUGUCAUGACUCCUCCCGAGGGUAGCAAGACACAGAAUGGACAUGAGCUGCAGAUGGGAACCAACUGCCUCGGUGGCUAUCUUCUCAUGCGAUCACUCGAAGAUAUGCUAGUGAGCACCGCCAAGAUUGCGCAGAAAGGAACGGUUCGAGUCGUUUGGCUUGCUAGCACGCUCCAGAUUGGUACACCAAAGGGUGGCAUCAUCUGGGAUGAGAGUAACACGGCGCCCAAGGUUGUGAGCAACCAGAUGGAGAACUACAUGAUGAGCAAGGUCGGCAAUGUGUUUCUGGCACAUGAGACAGCCAGGAGACUUGGAGGAGAGGGGGUUGUAUCUAUAUCGGUCAACCCAGGGUUUAUGAAGACGGAACUCCAGCGCCACAUGCCAGGACCAGUCUCAUUCAUGAUGGUAAGUGUUUUAUUCGGGGCGUACAGCGAAUUGUUUGGGCUUCUGUCGCCCGACGUCACCAGCGACAGGAACGGGGCCUUCAUCGUCCCCUGGGGACGAUUUGGGUGUCUCCUCGAGGAUAUCAAGCAAGCAGUCAAGAGCAAGGAGCAGGGCGGAACGGGUACUUCUGAGAAGUUUGUGGAGUGGUGCGAGAGGGAGACUCGGGGCUUCAGGCAAUGA